GGCGCGAGCGCCGAGAUGGCGGCGCGGCGGCUGGGCGGCAGCUCGUGGCAGCAGAUGAGGUUGCUGAGCGGGCGGUGGUGCCUGCGGGCAGGCAGCGCCGGGAAGCGGGAGCAGAACCGGUACUCUUCUAGUACUACAGCUUUAGAGAAGACGGUGGAAAACUCAGAAGUUACUCGAGAAGAAAUUGUUAUUCCACGAAGGAAGACCUGGGAUAAGCUAGCGGUUCUUCAAGCAUUGGCUUCUACUGUGAACAGGGAUCCUACUGCUGCUCAUUAUAUGUUCCAGGAUGAUCCUUUCCUUAUUCCCAGAAAUACAGCCAAUUCUCGUCUAUUUUCAUUAUCAAAGGAAUCUGGGAGAAGAGCUGCCAAAUACAUUAUAAAGGAGUUUCCUCAGUAUUUUGACAAGACUGCUGCAGAGCCUAACAUACCAUGUUUGAUGCCUGAGAAUCUUACGCCUCAAAUUGAAGGAGUGAGUGAGGAAGCUCUGAAAGAGCGCAUCCACCUCAGAAGAGUGAAAGCUUCUGUGGACCUCUUCGAUCAGCUCCUACAAGCAGGUAGCCCUGUAUCUUUGGAGACCACAAACAGCCUUCUAGAUUUGUUAUGCUUCUGUGGAGAUGGAGAAUGUGCUCAGGAAGAACAGCAAGAACAAAAAGGAGAUUUGGAAGAACCAGAGGAGAAUACUUCAGAGCAGAGAAGUCCCAGGAGGCAGUUCCAAAAAUCUUUGAAUUCAUCUGGCUUUAGAUGGAGGGAGAACAACAAUGCUGAAAGGAUAUUUAAGAUAAUGCCAGAAAAGAAUGCACACUCCUACUGCACAAUGAUCCGUGGGAUGGUGAAGCAUGGGGCUCCUGCGAAAGCAUAUGACAUGUACACAGACUUGCUGAAUGACAGGCAUAAGGCUGAUGUGCAUACUUUCAAUGCACUGAUUAGGGCAGUCCCAUAUCUGAAGGAGAAGUUCGCAGAAAGAUGGGAAUUAGUCAAGGACUUCCUGAAUCACAUGGUUCAACAGGAAGUGCAACCAAAUGUACUAACUUUUAAUGCUGUACUGAAGACUCUGAGAAGAUGUGGUGGCAUCGGCAGAAGUGCGUCUUUAUCGGUAAUAAAGGAAAUGAAUGCACUUGAUAUAGAGCCUAGCCUUGCAACGUAUGAGCAUCUUCUCUAUAUAUUUUAUAGAGCUGUUGAGCUUCGCCCAUCAACCAUCAUUACUGAGGUACUAGAAGAAGUUGAAAAGAGGAGUUUCACUCCCCAGGACCCAGAUGACGCCAACUUUUUUGCCACUGCUAUGCAAGUGUGCUACGAUCUUAAGGAUAUCAAGCUCGCCUAUAGGUUAAAUAAGAUAAUGGAGAAGGGAGACAACUGGAAAUUCUUAGACAUGGAUCGACUAAAUGCCUAUUGGUCAAAAUUUUUUUCACUGCUGUGUAUGAUGGAACAAAUCGAUGUAGUCUUGAAAUGGUACAAAGAAAUGACCCCUUCGAUCUUCUAUCCAAGUUCUAGAAAUAUGUUUGACCUCCUUCAAGCACUGGAUGCAGCCAACCACUUGGAAAUGAUCCCUUCAGUGUGGGAAGAUAUCAAACAGUUGGGAUUUAAUAGGAAACAAGAUCUGCUGGAGGAGCUUUUGUCUUUGAUGAGCAGGGAGCAGCACCCUGAAGAGACUCAGCUGGCAUUUGCCAAAUGUGCUGAAGAUAUUAAAGCUGCCCUUGAGCAAUCUGGAAGGGACCAGGCCCUGUUAGAGUGGACAGGCAGUGCCCUGGGCCAUGUCGUCAUGUUGUUCUCCAGGGCGGGGAGAACCCAGGAUGCUUGGAACAUGAUGGAGCAUUUCCAGCAGAUCAAUAGGAUCCCCACUGACCAAGUGAUGGAUGAGUUCUUGAACUGUGCCAAACAAACCAACUGCCCAGAUGAGGCAAUUAAGCUGGUAAAGCUGGCCGCCUCCUUUGGUCUUCCUUCAGCUCUGAAGCUUAAAAGCAGAACAGAGGAGGAAUUUGAACUCUCUGAAAUGCAGAAGAAGGCACUGGAGAGUAUCCAGUCAGACAGCGACAGCAGUGAUAGCGACAGCGAUAGUGACCGUGAUUAGCUGUCCCUCCUGCCUUCCCGUUGGAAAAAUUGGGAGCAGCUACUGCUCUGACUCCAGGGUGCCGCUUUGUGAAGCGCAGUGGAUUGCUUUGGAGAGAUGCUGCCGCUCUGUUUCCUACCUGUGCACUUCAUGCCAUUACGAUGUGGGAACUAUUUGGCAAGAGUACGACAUCCUCAUCAGAGCAAGCUGGGAGCUGUAUUGGGUCAUGUCCUCACAAACUUCCAACACAAGGGUGGGACAUGCCAGCGCAGGGUCUUCUGAAUCACUGCCUGCAAGAACUAGCUGCUGCUGAGCAGCUGAGGCCUGUUGAACAGCUGGCAGAAGGCCUGGGGAGCUCCUGUGCAGAGUGCUGCUUUCCAGAGGCUGCAAGUGCUUGACAGCUUGGGCAUGAUCACAAUUCCUGUGGCUUAAACCUGCUCUGGAUUGAAUUCCUUCCCUGCUGUCAAGCUUUCAUGAACUGCUCAAGUAUAAACUUGCUUACUCUGUACAUAGAACUCUGCAAGUAACGUAGUAUUAAUCACCUGUGGUGUUCUUCCUUGGUUGACCCAGAACGCCACCACCUUCUGGGAGUUUUGGAACAGGCUUUGGCCUGUAGAGUUUAAUUUCAUUAGCCUCUGUACAGCUGGAAACUGUAUCUCCUAAGGUCUGACAUUAAAAUACAGUUAAUUUCUUAGCUAAAACUAUUGAUUAUAGAAAGUCUUGCUGCUGGUCUGUGAGAGGAUACAUAAAGUUCAUGCAGAGUGUGCCAAUAAAUACACUGAGGGGACUGAAGGAA